AUGGAUCCGACGCCAACUAUUCACACCACCAUAGCUGCAGACGGCGAAACCGCACCAAUAGAUGCCGUUGAUAGCAUGGACAGUGUACUUGAGGAUGCGCCAGCCGUUGAGGAUGGACCCGAUACCGAGGGACAAACCAGUGAGGUCGAGGAACCCGACUCAGACAACACGACUAUUGUUGAUUCAGCAGACCUAUCCGAAGCUCAGCAAUCCAUCAGAGUGACACUUUAUGGCAAGAGCUUGAAUGAGUUUAAGCUCUUAUGUGGAGAAGCAUGUGAUAAAAUUUAUGAGGGAAUGAAGCACGUUGUCUUGACCAGUAAUAUCGCACAGGACUUGAUUUGGCAGGGUCAAGUGGGUACUACGAAACUUACCCUUGACUCUUUCUCAGCCUUUGUUCAAUUUGUCGAUCGUGUCAAUCGAUCGCACUGCAAACUUGGAGAUGUGCUUAUACGCAGCCCUAAUGCAGCAGAAAAGAAAAAACAGGCUGAAGCGAGGGCUGCUCUGCUCGCCGAGUAUGAGAGGGUGAAGAUCGAUGGAAGUACGACGGGAGAUAUGCCACCUGACUCAGUGGCAUACCAGGUUUCAAAAGACCUCGACCCUAAAACUAGCCGACCCAUUGCAAGCUCCCUAUUGGGGAACACGCUCGAGAACGAGCAAAUUGGGCUUCUCACUUUGAAGGAGCGUGUACCCAUCACCCACGUUGUUAUUGCCACUGUUGAUCUAGGGAUGGCCCAUGAUCCCAGCAAAAUGACAUCAUUUGCUCCUGAUGAUCACCUGACUGGGGCCAAAAUGGGCAACCACACCAAUUGUGGUUAUAAAAGUGAGGAAUUUGGAAUGGCCAUAGCGGCAAGGUUCAACUACAUUUUGGGAUGUAAGGGAUGCAGAAGAUGA